AUGGACGAUCACAUGGAAGUGGACGAUUUUGAUGAGUUCGAUUUGGAACCAGCAGAUAUCAUUGCUUUGCAAAUAGAAGAAGAGUUAUACCUUAGCUCACAACAAACACAGACUCAACAAGCAACAGCAACAGCAACAAGAACAAGAACGUCGCCCAUUCCUGUCAAGGGUCAAUCAACACUUGUACCUGACACGCCGUCAACAGAACAAACAACUCAGCCCCGACCCUCUUAUUCACAAGAGGAAGGAACAAUAGAAGACUUGAAAUUUCAGUUGCAGCGACUAAAAUUACAAACGGCUAGCCAUGCUGACGAACGCCAUAAAAAAGAAUUGGCAGAAGCCAAAGAUAUCAUUCACAAAAAGGACCUCGAAUUAUUACGUUUAAAGAAAGAGUUGGCCAAUGUAAAAGAUUAUCCUAUUGACAGUCAAAAACGACCACUAUUACCACCACCACCCUCACAACAUAGUGCACCUAGUCAUAAAAGACCAAGCCCAUUCCCCAAGCACUCUUUCUAUUCACAACAGCCAAGGAUCAAUGAAUUUCCUCCUAGUAAACACACACUGUCAUCAUUGGCAUUCAUGACACCACCACCAUCCACAGCGACAUCACAAUCCCUAUCCUCAACACAACCACCACCACCACCACCACGAACACGACCACCAACCACCACUCAAUCAUCCCAAGUGAAAAACAAGGCAAAAUCCCAGUUUAGAAUGAGAUCCAAACCGACAGAGACAGAGAAAAACAACACACUGUACACUGUAUUAUUUACACCUCUAUUUAAUGUUUGGAAUGUACAACACCAUAAUAAUACAAAAAACAUCAAUGUUUGUUUAACACCUUCACGCGUCAAAUAUUUUGCCGGACUGUUUUCAGAGCAAUUUAUACCCAACGCGAGUCAAUGCUCUACACCCGAGAUCCAACAGAAUCUAAGCCUAUUAGCAUCCGACAUGUCGAAAUACCUGGUGAAAUCCGACUAUGCGGAUGGGACCAUCCGAUUAUUAAUGGAUGUCUUGAAUUUAUGCUUAACCAUCUGCAUCAAGGAUAAACUAUUUGAGGUGAUACAAAACAUCAUUUGGACGGUCAAUACUUUAGCCAGUACAUUCUCUGUGGCAUCAGGUUACUUGUACCAUGAUUUGAUCAUGGACAAAAAUUCGAUUCUGAAGAAUAUCUCACAUAUAUUGGCUCUAUUCCCUUUCCAUCAUCAAAACAAGUCCAAUCUACUGAUGAUGGAAGUACCUGAUAUUCAAUCGAAAUCAAUGACACAAAUUAUGAAAUUAUCUGAAAUUUAUGAAGUUUCUCCUAUCGAACUCUCCGUCUUACUCUCCGAAAAGAAAAUGCCUGUUGAAUCCACUCAAAUUAUUCAAUCCAUGAUUGAAUUAUUUUAUUCCAUCGGUUCCAUCAAUGAUAGACCAAUCUUUAAUUAUCUAUUGGAAGACACACACUUUUUAAACUUACUUUGGAUGGAAAGGCCACAGGAUUUAGUACUGGGUGCAGUAUCCGUAUUAGAAACCAACUUUAUGGGAAAUCAAGUCAUGGAAGGAUAUGCGGAUCAUUCAAUUCUGGUUGUACAUCGUCUAACAGACAUGAUUACUUCUUCCCAAGGUCCAUGGACAUGGCAAAAUUGGUUCCAAUUACGCUUGAAAAGUAUGUUGAUUUUACUUUCCAUGGCGCGUGCUAAAUUAUCUGAAGAUAUGAUUGUGGAAAUUCACAAAUUAAUUUUCACAAAGACAAAUUUGGUAUUGGAUGAUAUUAAGCGAGAUUUUAUAAAGUAUAAAAAAGAAGGACCCCAUAUUCGACAGUAA